ACUCGAUAACCAAUCAAUGGGAUGGAGGAGUCCAUGUUCAAGGGGGGUUUACCUCUACCCUUGAGGCCAAUCGGUGAUAGUUCCACGAGGAGGUUGUUGCUGUCUUUUAGUGUUUCAUAGUGUUAGCACAGCACGUAGGUAUGUACCAGUCGGUCUUGUGUAGUAAAUAUAUAAUAUGUGUCUUAACAAUUGAGACUUUGAUACCAUUAAAGUCACUGCCUCUAAAUUGCUGGGUUCAAAGUUGUUCAGUUCUGCUGGUUUAUUAUUGUAAACGUUCUGCUGAUACACAGUGCAAGUUCUGCUGAUAUACCGUACAUGUUUUAAUGAUACACCGUACAUGUUUUAAUGAUAUACCGUACAUGUUUUAAUGAUUACCGUACACAAUAAGAGAAGCCGCGUACACGCCCCACUGGGGUGGCGAAAAAUAACACCAGAAAUGAAAGUGACUCAUUUCAUUUUUUUUUUAAAUAACCGCUCGAACUGUACAGUUACAAUGCGAAAAAGAGCAAUUUAAUUGGAAGGUUUUCUUUAGAAAGUCCAUUUAUUUUCGCCAUCACGGGAGGUUUAUUACCCUUUGACCUUUCAACUGCCAUCACCUUUCAUGUUCAGGCCUGAUUACAAAGAAAUGAGCGCGUGCCACAAGACAGUGAGGCGUGCCACAAGACAGUGAGGCGUGCCACAAGACAGUGAGGCGUGCCACAAGACAGUGAGGCGUGCCACAAGACAGUGAGGCGUGCCACAAGACAGUGAAGCUCCCGCUACUUUGCAGGAGACUCAUACUUCCGCCCUAUCACCGUAGAACGUACACAUUUAAUUGGUGAACUGUUCCAUUCUCCUUCAUACAGUUAUCACCGUAGAACGUACACAUUUAAUUAGUGAACUGUUCCAUUCUCCUUCAUACAGUUAUCACCGUAGAACGUACACAUUUAAUUAGUGAACUGUUCCAUUCUCCUUCAUACAGUUAUCACCGUAGAACGUACACAUUUAAUUAGUGAACUGUUCCAUUCUCCUUCAUACAGUUAUCACCUUAGAAAGUACACCUUAAAUUAUCGAGCCGUCACAAUCUCCCUCAUACAGUGAUCACCUUGUAUGCUGGCGUCCGUGGAUAAGAGUUGUACAGCAUUUUUAUAUCAGAAAAAUGAAGGUUUUAAAUAGGCGUUUAGUCUAACAAAAAUAAACAACAACGACAAAACAACAACGUUUUCCUUUAUAAUAUGAUCCUAGAUAAUUCCAUUUUUUAAAUGCCCCAGUGCCAAGAAGGAACUUUCAUGAACAAAUCAUAAAUAACUACUUGUUUAUAAAUGUGCCGCCCCAUCUUUAAAACAUUUGCACCCUCUUUACCGGAAUGAUGUUUACAUCAAACAACCAAUGGACACCGGACAGCAACUUUGUAAUUCAAGGGUCGACAACGCUUGGUAUUUCUGGUGCGGGUUCUCCCCCCGGGCUACCUUAAUUGCAAAUGAUAGCAUUUCAAUGCAAAGCCACGGCUAGGAGGAGAGCGGCCCAAAUUAGGUAAAAAAAAAAAAAAAAAAAGACAGCCAAUCCCCCCCCCCCCCACUUCCCAAGAAACCAAACAAAUUUAGUUGGCUUUGAGUUUCGGGUUCUGACUAGACAAAGUUCCCAACUGACAGUGUCUGGAAUAGGAAGGUAAUGGUCGUUUGCUUGUUUAAUUCAAGAGUCAAUAUAGGGAGUUUCUUACUGGUAUUACCGGAAUUUAUUAUUUUAGCUCCAAAAUACAGACUUCGUGAUAGAGGAAAUGAGAAUACCUACUUUAGAAUAUUUUUUAGUUCUUUUUUUUAUUAAAUAUUUUUGAAGCAGCUUUAUUGAAUCACUGGACUCAAAGAAACACGUACACUCAUCGUCUUCCAUUUAUACAUUUUGUCCAAUUUAUAAAUCGCAUAUCAUUGUCACAUUGCUUCCUAUCUCAUAGCCUAAUCUCUAAUAAUAAUAAUACAAAAUAAUCUCUUAGUCUUUCUGCGUCUUAUUUAUACAUCGCACCCAAAGCUCUUACAUGCCCAAGUUCUCUUACGUGCUGUAUUUGGACGUGGAAAUUUGUCCCCACUGGUCACGGCCUGCAUGACAGCACAGAAUUCUCCGAUUCCUAUUUUCUCCCAAAACCCAAUUAAGCGUAGAGAACACGUUAAUGGGAUUCGUCUCUGGCGGGCCUGCUCGGAUUAUUCCUACAGAUAUUGGUUCAAAUGAAUGAUCUGAUAGAAAUUUGCCGACAACUGACCCCGCACGUUGGCUGUCUGGUGGUAUAAGCACUCAAACCUUUAUGCCUGUAUUAUACCGAACUUGUCUGUAAGACUCCUCGGACAGCAAAGUCAUUAAACCGGACUGUUCAGAUUAGAGACGACCCUCCCCCCCCCCUGCCGUGGCUCAGGGGUGUUCAGCGAGACCGAUCAGUAAGGGGCGUAUUAAUUACGCUGUGUUGCAUAGGCUAGAGCCGUUUUAACAUUUCUAUUCACACAAGUCAAAUUCAAAUCACAAGCCCUUCCAUUCAACAUGUGUCAAAUAAGAAUUACAACAACAACAAAAUGAUAGUUUUAAAACAUCAAAGGUGUGUCCCUCCCUCUAAUCUGCCGUCUCAUAAAUCACUAGCCAUCUCUAACAUACAUCUAAAGCUUCCUUCUCUAACAUACAUCUAAAGCUUCCUUCUCUUCCAUGCCUCUAAAGAUUCUUUCUCCUCCGUGUCUCUAAAGCUUCCUUCUCUAACAUACAUCUAAAGCUUCCUUCUCUUCCAUGUCUCUAAAGCUUCCUUCUCUUCCAUGUCUCUAAAGCUUCCUUCUCUUCCAUGUCUAUAAAGCUUCCUUCUCUUCCAUGUCUCAUAAGCUUCCUUCUCUAACAUACAUCUAAAGCUUCCUUCUCUUCCAUGUCUCUAAAGCUUCCUUCUCUAACAUACAUCUAAAGCUUCCUUCUCUUCCAUGUCUCUAAAGCUUCCUUCUCUUCCAUGUCUCUAAAGCUUCCUUCUCUUCCAUGUCUCUAAAGCUUCCUUCUCUUCCAUGUCUCUAAAGCUUCCUUCUCUUCCAUGUCUCUAAAGCUUCCUUCUCUUCCACGCCCUUAAAGCUUCCUUCUCUUCCAUGUCUCUAAAGCUUCCUUCUCUUCCACGCCCUUAAAGCUUCCUUCUCUUCCAUGCCUUUAAAGCUUCCUUCUCUUCCACGCCCUUAAAGCUUCCUUCUCUUCCAUGCCUUUAAAGCUACCCUCUCUUCCGUGCCCCUUAAGCUUCCCUCUCUUCCAUGUCUCUAAAUCUUCCUAAUCUACCAUGCCUCUAAAGCUUCCGUCUCGUCCAUCUACCUCCCUCUCUUCGAUAUCCCAUCAUAUUGCCCCCCCCCCAACCAGCAUCACUCCCAUGCUAGCCAUUCUGUCGCCCGUCUCACACUUCCUUCCCUCCCAUGUUCUACAUUUGUUUCAUCCCGUCAAAGCCAUCUAGAGAAAAAGGUGAUGCUUUAACUACGCCAAACAUUAAAAUGUCAAAGAAACCCCAAAGGUCUUCUCGAGAUUUUUUUUUAAUAUGUUGUUUUUAGCUUCUAGUAGUUUAAGAGAGAAGUCUAAAGAGAGAGAGUUGGGGGGGGGGGGGUAUAAUUCAAGGCUGGUAUUCUCUGUAAUAAAGGUCAGUCUAAAAAUAAAUGACUUUUUUUUACCAAGGUAAAAUAUUUCAUAGUCAAAGUUUAAAACAUCGCUAUUCUAUCUGUGACCACAAUAAAAAAAAACAACAAUGAGAAACACCAAACGAACCUUAUCACAAUAACUAACAUUACAGAUCAUCAGCGAUAUUUUAUGACUUUUAGUUAGAUCAUAGGUUCAAACUAUUAGGAGUCACGAUCAAAUAUUUUGGAGUCAAAGUGUGAUCAGCACCUCCAUUUAUAAUUAAUUUAUAAAACAAAAAUAGACACGCGAUAUUGAUAUAUUUUUUUUUUAAAAUACUGUAAGCGAAAAAAAAGGUACAUCGAAAUUUUUUUUUUUUUAAAUGUGAGUUUUAUAAAAAUAUUUACACCAUAAUAAGAGUCUAUUCCACCCAGCUUUUAGUCCAUUGCUGGGAUGACUUGUCUAUUCCACCCAGCUAGUUGUGGGAUGGUGAGUCUAUUCCACCCAGCUUUUUGUGGGAUGGAGAGUCUUUCCUAAGCGGCUGUUUCACCAGAGCUGGAAUGACACGAGUCGUUUCACACGGCUGUAUGCUCAAAGCCGUGAUGACAAGUAUUUUCCUCUUGGCUAUUUGCCCUUAGGUCGAAAAGGAAAAACAAAUUGUGUGUGUGUGGGGGUGGGGGGGGAGAGGUCGAGUCAGGAUGAUUCAAACCCCGCUCCGUCUUCUUCUUCAGGAAGACAACUUGAUCAUUAGACAUUUUUGUUUAUAAAUUGUUUCGUCCCUAAAUGUACCGAGUGAGUGAGACCAGAUUUAAAAACGUAUGAGAACCUCAGUCUGCCGGCUUAAAACUCAGGACUACUGAACACACGGUUACAGUCUAGUAGUGCCUCUUGGUACGGGAGUCUCAGAUUGACUCCACGCCAGGCAGAGAGCGUUCUCCGAUGAGUCCUCUGUAUUUGACGAUUGCCGUGUGAUACAACAGACGGCAAGCUUGACAGUGACGACGUGACUUUUCAACAGAACUCCACGUCUGUCUGAUGCAAGGGUACUGGGAGAGAGAGGGGGGGGGGACCUAUCUUUGACGUCUGGCCACCAAAAUUGGACUCAUUUUAACAAUGCGCCAACGUCUCCAAACGGCAACACUCCUCACGUUCCAAAUACUACAAACGAGAACGUCAUUAACUGGAUUUGGGGGAGGGGGGGGGAGGGGUGCGAUGACCCUAGCGCUAGAUAUUACGAGUCGGGGUUCUUACCCCUACACUUCUCAAUAGACUAUACACCUGCACGUUUCCACAAACUAUUCCAAAUAGUAUUCAACGGGAAAUUCAAGACUAUGGGUAAUGAUUGAGUUCUGUGACCGACCAUUGAAACCCAUAAUUACUACUACCAGCAAGCUUUCCAGUUUAACUCACUGUGUCAUCAUGCACUCGCGGGUUUUACCGGAAGACAAGACAAAACAUCGACUGAUGCAGACGUACAAUUUGUCCCACCAUAACACCCCCCCCCCCGAAAAGAUUUCCUUGGGGAACAGACACGGCCAGGAUAGUGACCGACAAGGAAACUAGUCCCUCUUGAUUACACAGACAGUGACUGUCAACUGACCGCUGUUAUCCACCGGAAGCCUCCAUUCUACUGACCAGACGGCCCUAUUACCGUUAAAACACAGUGCGCUUGUCAUUGCCCAGACGCCCUCAGGGCAAAUCAAAUAUUUAUGGCUUCUAUAGACCCCCUUAUCGAUCGGAGUCAACCGGGAGGAAUCUAUUUUCAAACUUAUUUGCAUUAUAUAAUUAGACCGCGAUUGGUGUAUUUGAAGACAACAGUGUUGACAUAGUGCUUUUUGAAUGGAUGGUCCGCCGAUACCAGUAACUGUUGUAAAUAAAUUAACCCACGUGUCAAACGGGCCUCCAACAAAAAAGUGUUUGAUGCAAAAAAACAAAAAACAAACAAAUCCCACCAACAGCAACAAAUAAAGAAACAAACAAAAAAGAUAUAAUUUAUUUGCUUGAAUAGAACCCCAAGGGGCAAAAUAAAAAAUCAGGCAUACACACAAAGAGCUAGAGUCUAACCUGGACGUCACGGACGAGUCUGGUUCUAGAAAUUAAUUCUUUAAAUAAUAAGAACUAGAAUAUUUUCCAAACGAUACGCACUAAAACUGUUUCAGUGAGUCUGUCUGCUUGGAUUGAACUAUAUGGCCGGGCCCAUACACAUUUUUUUUUCCACAGCGAUCAGCGAAGGGCCGAACAAAUUAGCAUCUGACGGAACUUGGACAAAGUCUCUCUCUCUCUCUCUCUCUCGGCUGUCCACACAUCUUAUACCCGGCACUAAAUUCAUCAAAUUCAAACCCACCCAGGUCCCCGCCGAUCCUAUUACCCCGACCAGGGCCACUAUGCUAAUCGACACGAGGGUAUGUGUUGGUGCAUGCAUGCGGGAUUUCCUAAAUCUCGGGGGAAAGGGACUAAACUUCUUGGAAUCGAAGAUGCCAGCACGUGUUUAGAGAUCAGUCAGAUUGAUCUGUUAGCGCCCCUGUUGGCCGGAAUCGUGAUGGAAACAAAUGAGAAAUCACCAGGCAAACACUUUCCUAUUGGAGAUUUCGCGCAUCUAGCGGGGGGGGGGGCUGCGGUGGAGUGACGGUUCGAGGUUAUGUGCUAACAGCCUAUUUGACGCCUACGGUGAGAUGACGUCUAAGCGGCGAGAUGGUUAGCUCUAAUUGGCGUGUUUUGACCCCUUGCGCCGUUUCUUUAGACACGGGCUGACUGGGAAUCGUGUUACGUCUCAGAACGGCAGGCCAUCGGCAGAGUGUUAACCUUUACGUCCCGAGCAGAGGUAAAGGGGUAAACGCGAGCUUUCUUCAAGACAGCUUUCAAUAUUUUAUAAUGACAUGAUUGGCAGUCCCCAUAGACGAGUGUAUGAUAAAUGACAAACCGUCUUCAGUUUACAUUAGAGUUUGAGGAGAAAUGUGUAUUUCUUAAUACAUAAUAUAUUGAAAAUAUUAAAAUUCUUAAAUAUUUUUCAUUGGUUUCCAAUCUUGUCAUUGACAUUAUUAGAGGACUAGUUGUCAAAUAAGACAGACAGAGGAGGGAUACGUUAAAGACACUUAGACAUGUAAAGUAGUAAAUGCUGUAAGGACGUUCAAAAACUGCAAGUUCUUAACAUUGAUCUUUACUAUAUGAUCAUCUCUUAGUAUUUCUUUCCCUCUAACCGUACCAAACAGAAAUAUUUAGCCUUCAAAGCUUCAUUAUUAGAUCUAUUUCUCUAUUUUCUUCCUUUUCGUCAUAUGCAUAUCCUUCAACAGGGAGAUGUUGACAUAAACCAUGAGUCCUUUGUGCAAUUUUUGACUGCCAAGCCUUACAUACAUUUAUAAAAAGCUUCAUAUAACUAAAAUAUCCACACAGUCAUUUGAACAUUUAUGUUCCAUUACAGACACACGCACACCGUCAUUUGAAUAGUUAUGCUCCAUUACAGACUAAUGCACACCGUCACUUUAAUAGUUAUGCUCCAUUACAGACAAAUGCACACUCUCAUUUGAACCUAAGGAAAGCAAUAUCUCUUACAUAUAUUACGCUUGUGGUGUGACUUCUUCCAUUUCCAGAAAUCGUGCAAAAUAUAAUUUCCGAUAACUGUUAAAUUAUUUAUUUUUUUUUUAAAUAAUGCAAGUGCAUUUGGUGUGUAUUAUUUUCUUUUCGGAGAAUGAAAUCGUCGCAAUUCAAAUAUGGAGUAAUAAAUAUUCGGUUUAAAAGAGGUUGGGGCAUCAGAAUAUUAAUAUUGUUCAUGGGCGUGAAAUAAAAUGUGUGCAGUGACGUAUAAUGGAGGGAAGGGGGUGAAGCGAAAAAUUGGGAUUCUUCAAUGUACGCUACUUGGGCUCAUGUUUUUUUAAGAAACUUUAAUAGAUGGGAGAAGUAGCUGUAUAAUCCUUCAAGGUGUUUUCAUCAAUGCGAUUGUGCCUUACCAGCUUAUAAUUACAAUCUUUGAUAAAGGUUAUAGACACCAGAAUCCAUUUAAAAGCCAAAGAAGAAACCAUAAUAAGGCAAGUGUGAGUUACGUAAAACAGCAUACAUCGACAAGUUGUUGCACUCUAACAGUAAACUUACUUGAAAUAACUCAUCAUCAGUGGGGGAAAAGUCCGUUUGUCUUUUUAUAUUGGGUUUUAACAUGUCAAGUUUCAUUCAAUGUGCGUUUUUUGUAAAAUAGCUCAAGGGUCUUCCACGCUUCUUGGCUACAAGACCCAAUAAAACUAUCAAGGGGGGUAAUUUGUCACGAGUCGACACAGAGUGCUGGCCCAAAUGGGUUUAAUGUUCGAGCAAGCAUUGGAAUUAAACAUUUAAAAAAAUGUAUUUUUAUAAAGAAAAGAAAAUUGACAAGCAAGAGAAAGAUUGGGGUAAAUAAAAACGUCCAAGACAUUGAAUGAAGCCCGUUUAAAAAAAUGUCUGCAUGUAAGGUUGAGGUGUGAGUGUGUUUGGGGGGUAUUGAUUAAAGAUAGAUUCCUUACUGCAUGAACGCUCUCCCCCACCCCACCCCCAACCGUUUGGUGCACGAAAUAGUCGUUUUUCUUUCAAUGAAAUGAAUGGAUAACACAAUCUUUACUGACUGACUAACGUUAUGGCCACUGUGACAGAGAUGUAAAAUAUAAUAGAGAGCACCUCGAAAUGCGCAUCUCUGCCCUACGAGAUUUUGUAGUUAAAUGUAACUCUCAUGACCAGCUAGGCAUUUGACCAAAGCUGACACUGCAUUCAUUACUAUGAAUUGUUCCAACACGAACUCACCAUUCCAUCUCAUCGCACGAAAAGGUUGGUAACCACUGCUGUUGAGUUGUGACAUUAUAGCCAAUUGGUUAAUGAAAUAGCCCAAAAUAGUUUCUAUUCGGGGAUUCACGCCCACUGCCCACUGAUCCACAAAACCUUCAUUUGUUCAAGAGACUUAAGUCAUUUGUGCAACAAAAUUAUGGUAGUAGAAUUAUGUGAUCAUCAUACCAUAACUCACCAGCCCCAAGAAGAAUUAAACCCGUUAUUUGGCAGAACAAAGUGCCUCACAGAUGUUUUGGAAUCUGCCAAAAUGUGUAGCAUGUUCUCCGCUCUUAACAGGGGGCGCCUUCGCUGGUUAGGCCAUGUAAGAAGAGUGAGGGAAGGCCUUAUUCCUUAAGGCACGUUCACAGUGCAGAUUUGUUUCUGAUAUCCCCCACCACGUUGAGAAGGCUAUUGUGUAGACUGUUACAAGAGUGUAGCGAAGACCGCUACACAUCUGCAGUGCGAAGGCUCUUAGGAAUCUGCUGUAGGGAAAGUUGGCAGAGGGACACUACUUAUUGGACGGCUGCGGCAAAGGGAACACCAGGGAAGCCAACAUUGAAAGCGAAUGGGAGAUCCUCGCUGACCAUUCUGGGAACAGCAGUAUAUGAGAGGGUCAAACAUGUAUAUAUAUAUAUAUAUAUAUAUANUAUAUAUAUAUAUAUAUAUAUACACCACACAUAUAUUAUAAACUCACAUACACAUAUGACAUCAAUGUAUUCAAAGUGUUGGACAAUAUUUUAGUUCAGUGCAUGAGUGUAUAGGUAGACAUGACCCUUAACACAACAACAUUAUGCAUAAGAAAUUGGCCAAUAAGAUACAUGGCAGGAGUUUCAAGUACGAAAAAAUAUCCCCCCUCCCCCAAAAAACAACAACAACAACAAAGUGACAGGUGUGGGUGAUGGAUUGCUAUUUUCGAAUGUAUGGCCGAGUUAUUGGCGAGGUCAGACGGGCCACGGUGUGAGGUUAACGCAUUCAUAGCCAAAGACAUAUUAGAUAAUAAUCUAGGCAGGAAACCAGGGAUGAAACUGAAGGCCAGCUGUGAAGCGUGCAAGGACUCCAGGGACGGAGAUCAAUAUAUUUCCCACCGCGAGGUAAUAACCAGGUCGCUAAUGAGAAACCUUCCCAACACGAGCCGGGCGAUUAUCAUCUUAAAUGCACCAUGUGAUUGAGCAAUUAGGGGAAUUGGAUUCCAGUAAUUGGGGAUAAUGCGUCCCAGUCAGACACACGCGGGGCGCACGUCAGUACACGCGACUGUCAAUACAAGACUUGAGUCUUGUGAGACACCUCUAAAUACACUAACGAUGCUUUUGUAAAGACGUUUGAAACUAUGGACACCUACUCAUAGAGAUACGUCUUCGAGUACGGUACUAUCAAAGUUUGAUUGGUUUUUUUUUUUUUGUUUCUAAGGAAAACGUCGUUAUUCAGAAUUCUUUGAACGAAUGAAAACAACUAUGCUGACAGCUUGUCCAUCACUAUACAUGGAUUUCUAAAUGUGCUUUUUUGUGAACUAACAUUUUACAGAGAAUGUUAAUGUUAUCAAGCCCUAGCCUUGGGUAUAGAUGAAUGUCACCAUUUAAAAAUCUGAAAUCGGAUGCCAAGGUAUGUAAUCUUGGUGUAACGAUUCAUCCCUUUGAGAGCAUUGAGUAAUUUAAGCUACACGUUUUAUGAUAGUAGGACGCUGUGACCAUAGAUUGAUGUCUUGUGUCCAUGGUCUGAUAGUAUGACUCUGUGACCAUAGAUUUCUGUCUUGUGCCCAUGGUCUGAUAGUAUGACUCUCUGACCACAGAUUGCUGUCUAGUGUCCAUGGCCUGAUAGUAUGACUCUGUGACCAUAGAUUGCUGUCUUGCGUCCAUGGUCUGAGAGUAUGACUCUCUGACCGCAGAUUGCUAUGAUUUGUGGCCUAUUACUGAAUUGGGGCACUCAGAAUGACUGACAGCAUGCUGCUUAAUGGCUAACGCACAUCAACGCCAGAUCAAUCACACCAUAUUUUUGACAUCUUGGUGGAUGCCCAGUCAUUGUAGAAUGGACGAAGAGGGAUUUAAGUGGCAUACAACAAAUCCAGAAUUUGGUAUAGAGAGAGAAGGAGGGAGAAAGAUGGGGAGGGACAGAGGGGAAUGAGAGAGGAGGAGAGAGAGAGAGGAGGAGAGAGAAAGAGAGAGAGAGAGAGAGAGAAAAGCUGAGUAAAGCGUAAAAACUCAGGGCAACAGACAUUUUAAAGUCAUCGCUACAGGCGUAAAUGAGCAUCCUUUAUUUAACUAAUUGUUAAGAACAUUAAAACAGCGCCUUUUAAAAUUCAUUUGCGCAUUUUAGUUGGUAUUCAGCAUCCGGAUCUUUUCUGAGAAGGAUCAAUCCAGAGUAGGGUUUCAUUACGCUGAAAUCACCCCCCCCCCAACGCCACCCACAUACCAUUUUAUUCUCCCCCCCCCCUCCACAAUAUUUCAAGUUAUUGACUUGGUGGUUGUGAAUCCUGUAAACGUCCAAAAACUCCAACACUGGCCACACACGCCAAGUUUUCCCACAAGGGCAAGAAAAUUCGAUGGCCUAGUCGCACCGGUGCGUCUGGUGAAAGGGUGGUUGUAGACAACGAUUCAAAACUAGAUCAAACAGCUGGCCGAACACGUGAUUAGAAGAGUUUGAGAUUCGGGGCGCUGGAAGAAGAAGCACUAUACAACUAACUGCGCGACUCCGAUCAUCCAGGGAAGAAUGACAUUUUACUGACGCGAUCAAAUCUAAUCCAAAGCAAGAUCCCAUUGCGGUUAUUUAAAAAUAAAUAAUAACUCUAAUAUCUUUAAUAAAUAUGUUAUUCGAUGCUGUUCGCCGUAACCCAGGGCUAGAAUUGAACAGCGUGUAUGUAUAAACCAGGACAGAUUGCAAAUGUCAAAUUUCACGUGUAUUUUUUUUUUUUUUUUUUUUUUUUUUUUUGGAACGCGCCAAGAAAAUGACCGAGAAAAUGGUUCCCAUGUUUACUAGCAUGCAAUUUGUCGAUCAUCCCCAUCCAUCUCUCGAGGCAUUGCCUUCAAUUGGUUUCUCGCCUCAAUAGCCCGGGCAUGUCUCUUACAACAAGCGAAAGGGCGGAGGGAUUCCAAGACUUCCCCCCCUCCACUUUAAAUAUCUCCCCCCUCCCCCGUGGGCAUUAAUCUUUGAGUUGUUAUGUGGUUUGUCUAUGGCCAAGAUCGUCCUUGUAAUCUCCUGGUUAAGACGCGAAGCCUUUCAAACAUCAGCGUUUAACAAAUCAUUUGUUGUUUUUUUUGCUUUUUUUUUCAAAUAAAAACAGUUGUCUGUCUCCCCCUUGGGCCCAGCCAAACAAUGAACUCAGUUUUCAACGGGCGCCGGUCUCUCUCUGUAAUUUCAUAUCAUUAAAAAAGCGUAACGCUCUUACUCGUUGUCUUUGCAUCACGUUUUCUCUUUGCUUGCUUAUUUAACAACAACAACAACAAAAUUAUUUGGGUUCUGUAGUUCCCUUGUGUAGAGACAAACCCUACAAAUGAUUUUCCAGCCAGACGCCGUCGAGCAGUCCCCGUGCAUGAUCUGAUAUUGAUGACUGGUUUACUUAUACCGCCCUCUAUAAUAUGUUUGUCCUCCCAGCAAUAGUUCCUUUCUUUAGAUACUCCUCCGUCCUCUCUCUACCCCCCACCCCUUUUUUUUUUCUCCAUCGGAUCUCUGUCUGACACCCAAGAUAAUGAUUUGCCGAAAGAAAAUCCAUAAAUUGUUAAUUUAAAUGUUCACUACACGAAGCACGACUGCCGUGUCUGAAUGCAUCUCCUGGGUAGAAGGUUAAUGAUAAAAUGUCUAAAUAAACUAUAAACUAACAUACCUUUCAAAGUUUUAACCAUACUCCGACCGAAAUAGCUCAAUCGGCAUUAUAACAGAACUAUGCAAUAAUAUUUUGCAACCACUAUAAAUAUAAAAAACGUAACAUAUAUCCAUAAUGAAAAAUAUAAGAAAUUAAAAAAAAAAAUACAAAAACUUCCAAUGUAGCCUAGUUAACAGAUGUCUUGUCAUGGCCCGGAGCCAAAUUUCCUUAAUGACUUAUCAAGCUCGGCGCAAAUCAACAGACUGGAAAACUGAAAACAACAAACGGUAUAAAAUGAUAUCGAUGUGGAAGUGAACUUUAGUUUAGUUUCAUUGCACCAGAUGAAUUCGUUCAUUUUCAUUGAUCACCGGUAAGUGUCGAAAUUAUGAACCAAUUUCAAUAUGGAGGAAAGUGCAGACGCUACCUAACUCGGUCCAAAAUAAACCCGGUCGAACGUACUCGCCAUGAUCUCCACAAUCUACUUCAUUUACAAACUACAUAUCACCCCAGACCAAAGUAACUGUACCGCUCGACUGGCUAGGUAAUACAGUCAGUACAUCAUGAACGCGACUUAUACCCAUCAUUUGGGAUGGUGGUGGGCAUCGAAAUACCAAGCGUGUGGCAAGACACAGCAUUUACCGUGGGCGCCAUUUGAAAGGGGGUGGGGGGAGGCGAAUUCAGUGAGCCGGAUAAAAUUAUUUUGUGCUUAUAAUUUAGUUUAUUUGUGAAACUAAUGAAUUUACUAACGAUUGACUAUAAAACAUAGAUUAGAAAUUUUUCUAUAAAUCUUAAUUAGGUCUAUAUUUUAAAAAAAGUUUUCUCAAGAAUGAUAGGGGUGCAAAUUAAGCCCUUGUAGGGUCGCCAUAUGUCCUCGGUAUUGGGGGGGGGGGGAGGGGGGAGUUGGAGGGUUGAUAGGGAUGACUUAGUUAUAAACUAAAGAAACAGGCUGAGCUGUUCUCUACAAAUAACGCUAUCUCUCCCCCCAAAGAUGCCACUUCCCAUUAAGGAAAACAUGUUUAAAUUAAGGUUGCGAUCUGAUCUUUCGCUUCAGUGGAUUCCUACUUCAUCGGAACAUUCCGGAGGAGAAUAUUGAUUUGUGUUAAGGUCAUUUCUGUAACAAGAGCAAAGGCGAUCUUGCUGGUGUAGCCAGUAACAGGCAAAUAAGGAGACAAAUUUGUCCAGUUCUAGGGUACAGGCUAAUAUUACCAUACCGAUACUUGCUGUAGGUCACAUUUUAUCUUUCAUAACACACACUACACUGAGUGAUUCCCCUCCUCUGACCGAUAAACGAUCAUUCUGGCUGCCGUCCAUGGUUUGCCUUGUAAAAGUUAUGUGUUGGGGUGGGUGAAUAUACAUGUGUUUUGCUGUUCUUUAUUUCAUAAAUGUAUUUUAUUUUAAUGUCAUGAUUAUGUCUCUUUUGAUAAAAUUUUUAUGUACAGCGCGGUGAGCCCAGCCCUAGGCUAGGGUACCGCGCUAUAUAAGACCCCUUAUUAUUAUUACUUAUAGAAGUCAAACAGGGCCUAAAAAGCCAAGAUCUACUUAGAGCAGGGGUUUGUAACCAGGGGUGCCCGAACCCCCUGGGGUAUGGGGUGCAAUGUCAGGGGGAGGACUUAUACAAUCAGGUUUAUUUACAUUUGAUUAGCAUCUUUAGUUUGGAGGGAGGGGGUGUGGAAGUGGGGUGCUGGAAAUAUGUGUGAAAUGGAGUAGGAGAUAUGCAAAAUGUUUUGAAACCAAGAGCGGGUGUGGCGAUGCAAAAAUGUUCAGAACCCUUGUCUAAGAAGUAGUAUGAUUUUCAGGUAUAUUGAAAAAUGAGUGGGAAAUAAAUCAAAACAACUGAACUUGUACUAUAUUUUUAAACCAAAAAGCAAAGGCCGUCCAUAUACAGAGCAGUAGUCCCUAAUGUUUUAAAAGCUAUUAUAUUUUUAGCAUCUCUUGUAAAAUAAAUUAAAACAACUGAACUUAUGCCUUUUAUUUUUGAGGUGGACUAUAUAUUUAAACCAAAAGUCCAUAUGCAGAGCAGUAGUCCCUAAUAUUUUUAAAGUUAUUAGAUUUUUAGCAUCUCUUGUAAAAUUUGGGAAAGAAUGACCAUUCAGAGAGUUACAUGUCCAGUCUUUAGAAAGAUUUUUUUUGUUGUCAACUGGCUCUAUUGAGAGUAACUUUUUUGAUGAUGCCAAAUGAGAAAAGUUAAAUCGUUGGUUCUGAUCUUCAAUGGUAAUUAGGUCUGUCUCUCAACCAAGAAAGACGUAGUGGGUUGCAGUAAAUCUUGGGGAGCUGGGUUCUUUCAAAGUUAUAGAUAAAUGACCAGUAAGGAUGACCUAGUUUGCCAAAUAAAGCAAGUUAUUUUGGAGAGAAUAGUUAACCCUCUGUAAUGAAACAUUUGUCACUAAAAGCAGAGGAGUGCAGCAACCAACCAGAUUUUAAAAUAAAAGCUAAAUAUUACAGCAGCCUGAAUAAAUAGGUUGGAACUUUUAUAUUUUUUAACUCAUGAGGCCUUAUAUUCAAAUACAAUUUAAUUACUGUUGCAAAAUUCUUCUUUGAUAUUUCAGACAGGGUUAAGUUAAAUAGUUAGGCACAUAUAAAAAAUUUAUCAACUUGGAAUUUUGUAGUUGAAAUAAGAUGAAAGAUCAGGAAGCAGCCAUUUUUGUUUAGCCUCACUUUUUUACAAGAGCGCUUAUGUUUCUUUUUAUAAAUAAUAAAAUCUUAACAAUUUCAUCUCACUUUGGAAGAUUUCAAACCAGGAAGAUGGUCACUUUGGAAGAUUUCACACCAGGAAGAUGGUCAAGAGUAAACUAAUAAAACUUAAUGAGAAAGACUUACUUUUGGGAUUGACCUUUUCCAACGUGUGUGUCUUUUCUUUCAGGUUCAAGGCCACGUUAAGACACAGCUGUACCAUGUGGAGCCUAAGACACAAAGAUAACACAUAUCAAUGAUUUGUAAUCAACAUGACUGACAUGUCGGCUUGGCUUAGGGAUUGAUCUAAUUUGCUUAAAUUUUAAAUUUAGUAGAUCUCUUUGAGAAAGAAAAAAAAAAAUGGAUCUAAGAUUUACAAGACAAUGUCUCACCUCUGAACGGCAUGCUGUACUUUACUGAGAGCUGGUGGAUCCAAGAUGACAUGUGCGUCAGACAGAAGGAAGGCAGCCCUUUGACAGGCUUGUGGGUUGAAGCUGAGGUCCCACGGUUGUUCACUUAGCAGCGACAAGGCUGGAAAUUUUUAAAAAUUCAAUCAACAAUUUCCUAAAUCACGGACAGAUAUAUGGUGUACUUUUUCAUCUAAUUCAAGGUAAGUGGAAAUGUUGCUCUACUAUUUAAGUGGUUGUCAUUUGCUUUAGGAACUGUUUCAGCAGUGUGCAUAGUAAGAAUCAAAUAUUUUCAAAUUUGAAUGUAUUAAACUUAUAAGAGAAAAAUUUAUUCAAAAUAAUUAUGUGCAGCACGCUUUUUAAACAAAAAAUGAGUUUAACUCUCCGUCAUAUCAGCUUAAGCAUAAUUUAACAAAAUAAAAUCAUAACCAUAAAGCUCAAACAACGGUUAUUCUUCAGAUGUGACUAGAAUAACAAAACUACUAUUUACAAAUGUUAAUCAAACCGUACAUACCUCUUGGGGAUGCUGAAAACAUAUCUUCUAGCAUAUGUUUUAGCUUCUUCCAUUCAGAGUUUUCAAAAAUAUGAACCAAGGAGUUGGAUAUCGAUGAUCUCAAAUUAUGCAGACAUCUUUCAACGAGGGCCACAUCGUUGCCGCCCCAUGUACCCAUGGUGGCCAACUUUUCCUUAACUUCCGUCAGGAUAGCACAGAACCACUCCAGGGCUAGUUGCCAGGUUGGUUCAGACUGAAGUGAGACAAAGAUGGAGGCUGCUGACUGAAGUUGAGUCUCUUUCAGAGAUGUGAUUCCUCCGUUGCUAGAAAAUUAAAAGGAAUUCUCAAGCUCAUACAAACAAACAACUCAUCUGGUGAUUGUUACAUUUCACCAGUAACACAAGAAGGGGGUUGAUCAUUGGGGGAACUGGGCAAAGUUUAACAAUAAAAACCCAUUCAAGGCUUCAUCAAUUCAGUUGCUAAAUUUACACACAACAUUGUUGCAAGAUUUUUCGUCUAACUUUUAAAUUUUAAAACAUACUGAAUUGCCUAAAGUAUAAUGGAGGGUGAGUGGCAAGUCUACACUCAGACGACUGGAAGAAGGCUCUCGCUCUCUGUCGCUCUUUUUUUACCUACAAUCCUUCAGGGUACUCUCUAGAAUGCAAAGCAGAGGCUUGGCAGCCUGCUUGAUGCCAACAAGUCUGGGUGAUUCUGAUGUCACACUAUUGAUUGGUGGUAGCAGAGCUUUAUCCAUCUUUGAUAGAGAAUCAGUCAGGGGGAAGUCAGUCAGAUGUGUGGAAAACAGCUCUCUUGUUUUCUGUUAUAAUUUGAAAUAGAAAAGCAAGUGAAAUUAAGUGAAUGAACCUCUCGUGCAGGCAUUCUUGAAACUCAUGGCAUGUACCAUACAUCAAACCACUACAACAUGAAGAUCAACAGCAGUACCUGCUUGGUAGUGGAGCUCCUCUUGUUGCUAACAUAAACAUCUUCUACCACGUGGCUUGCUGCUUCUACGGCACUGAAGCCUUUACUGGUCAGCUGGGCAAACAUUGCUCCAGCAUGCAGGAGGUCUGCAAUGACAGGCCUCUCGUUGAAUGGCAGGCUGGACUUGAGGGUUGUGUGGAGGUGGAGCAGCCACUCACUCAAUCUGGAAUUGCCCAGUCCUGUGGCAGUCAGCAUUGACAAAAUGUCCUCUUUGCUGAAGGAGCAUUCGUCAUCCUGAAAGUAUUCAUAUGCUGAUGGUAAUUUUAUGAAAUACCCAUAUGCAACAACUUAACAUUAGCUGGGACUGAUUUCCUUAAUAUCAACCCAUUAACUCUGCUAUAUAAACAAAGAAAUGUUGAAAUUAAUGUAUUACCCAUGACAACUGGUUCAUAGAUUAUAGUGUAUGUGUAUCCAUCAGGCAUCACUCUCAAGUCUUAGUUUGUAACUAUAUAAAAAAUGUAUAUGAUCGGAAAUGACAAUCAAAUGUAUAUGGCUGAUGUUAAAGACUGUCUUUUUACCUCUCCCAAGAUGUAAAUCUCAAUCCCUCUAUUUCUCAUGGCUCUUGAAAUUUCUCCACGUUUUGGGUCCAUAGCAAAGAACAGUCUGCACGGUAAUCAUAUUUAAAUUCAACUUUUUAUCAGAUCAAUCAAUAAUCAUUACAUCAAUCAACUAAGUAAAGCUGCAAAGAAUUUACUUCUAACAAGAUAUCCAUAGUUGCACCUUGCAGAUUACAACCUGUCUUAAUUCAAGCAAACAUUAAAUGUAAACCAUUAAGAACUGGGGAAAAGUUCAAUCAACCUUUUCGAAAACAAAGAAAGCCAAUGCAAGUAAAACAACAGAAACCAACCUGAAAUCAGGAUGAGGUGUGAUGGUUAGAAUGGUCCCAUCCACUGUUCCUCUCUCAUUGACGGUGAGGACACCAUUGGGUUCAAGUAGGGCAUUCAGUCUGUCAAGAACUGAUGCACUGAAAUAAAAAAUGUAAUAAAAAAUAGCUGCUUUAUUAACAUCCUUGUCUGAACUGAUGUAUCAAGUAAGCUGAGGCCACUUAGUAUCAGCAACUGUUUUUUUUUACAUGCAAAAGUUCACUGUUAGGAGGAAAUCUGUCAGUUAUGUCAGUUUGAAUUCUUUAAGAUUGUUUUAUCCAUGAAACUUUUACAUAGUCAAAUACAACACUAUCAAAUGAUUUUUUUUUCAAAUAAACAAUUAUUUUCCUUCUUUUAUCUAUGACACUUUUACACAGUCAAAUACAGCACUAUCAAAUGAUUUUUUUUCUUCAAAUAAACAUUUAUUUUAAUGGAAAAGGCAAACUUAUGAUUAUAAAACAAAUUGUACCAGCAACCAACCUGCAAAAGUUGACAUUGUCAAUUAGCAGCCAUGAGCCAUUCUGCAGAGCUUUGACCAAGACACUGUCCACCCAUUCAAAAGCUCCUCCUCCUAUCCCUGGAUUCAUGUUGGAGACUGUUGUUAACAGCUGAGACAGUCUCUGUCCUAAUACUGAUCUCUUGCCUGGAACAAUACGUGACAUCAUUAAUUUUCAAUAAGAGAUUAUACAAAAUAGGAAAUAUUUCCCUAAAAUUUCAUUAGAUGACUUAUUUCUAUAACUCACCAGCUUGAGCAGGAUCAACCUUAUCCAGAUGCAACAGAAUUGUCUGCAGCUGCUUUGCAUGGUUGGUCAAAAGAGAUAUUACUUUUUCAGUAGAGACACCCUCGGCUGAAACAUAAUACAGUUAUCAUGUAACAUUGCUAGGAUAGUUAACAUGGAAAGAAAAUAAGAAACAGACUUUCUUUUUUUUCAAUGUUAUAUUUUAAUGUUAUCCUGUUUAUUUUAAAAGCAGCUAAAUAAAAAAUGUGUGCAAAACUCACCUGAUGUGGACAGACUUGUAUAUUCAGCCCAGUCUCUUUCUAAGCUCUGAACCUUCAUUGUUUGUCUUGGAUCUUCAUCAAUAAUACAUUGUCUUUCUACUUGUCUAACAGCAAUUUGAACUUGUGAUGCCACUUCAGCAAUAUGUCUCCACACAUCAGACUAAAAAAUACAUGUUAAAAGCAGACUUAAAGAAUAGUCCAAGCAAUUAUAUUAUUAUCAUUAUUUCAAAAAAUUCUUUUUGUUUUACUAUAUGCUAACAUAAUGGACACACCAUUAAUUAAAUGUAUUUUUCCUCUUCUGUCAACAGGAAAUCCUAAAUCAUAAUGAGUAUUUCCAACUGACACUUUAACAUUGCUGAGAAUGCACUGAAGCACUGGGGAAAUAGCUGGGAAAGUGACACAUCAUGAAGGCAGCUUACACUUUACUGGAGAACAACUUGUAUGAUGACAGCGGAAUGCUCUAUGGCAACACAUCCAACUACAGCCUGCACUCAACAGCAGAGGGAGCUCUCCUGUUUAUCGUGGCAGUGGCGGGAGGCCUGGGGAAUAUAUUUGCCAUGACUGUCACACUGAUAUGUCCAACAUUCAGACAGAUGUCAUCGGCAUUUCUGUUCCACCACUGUCUUCUGGAUGCCGUCAAGUCUGGAUUUUGCAUUCCCUUCGGGUACAGCCUUCUGCUUGGUGCCGACAUUCCCCAUUGUGAUGUCCUGGGAGCUGGGUAUAUUCUGCUCAUGACAGUGUCUGCGUACAACUUGCUAGCUUUGUUAAUCAAUGAAGAAUACCAGUGUUCAUUUUCAACAAGAAGAAACUAUCACAAAAAUGGUGAUGGCUGCUGCAUAGCUUUCGGCGUUGUCAUUAUUUGGUUUACAACAGUACUUCUCCACCUUGGGGUCGCCUUCUUACCUGGCAGUUCAGAGUACAGCAAAGAUGUAGGAAACUGUGUUUAUCGCUAUGGGGUCACUAAAAAUUAUGUCAUACACGCCCUGUGGGUAAUUCUUGUCACGGGGGCCGUCAUUGUGGCCGCAAUCAGUUUCUUUCACUUCUACAAAAAACUCCGCUCAAGCGCAAACAGCCGCAAGUGGACAUUCCUCCACAAGUCCUUAUCUUCCUUGAGUCCCAAUAACGCCAUGUACAAUGACCAGAGUGAAGAGGUCCACUACGAGUUCGAUGACCUGGCUUCACAAAAGGCCCUCCUCCAGUCACGCCGCUACCUGCGGCGCAUCUCCAUCAUGAUGGGCAUGGUCGUUUCCUUUGUGCUCUGCUGGUACCCACUGUUUCUGCUGACACUGUUUGAUGUACACUACAAGCAGCCCCCACACAUUUACAGGCUCCUCAUGAUUGUGGCAUGGACACAUCCCAUCACGACACCCAUUUUCUGUGGAAUUAUCUACUACGACACAGCAAAGGGAGAAAAGGUUACCAAAGAUGUGUACACAAACGCCAUACCCAUGACCACCUCCAGAUCAGGUGAGGCUAUACGGCAGGAGAUCAACAACAUGCACAGGGCAAGCGGGGGCAUAGGCUUUCAUAAUGAAAACUUCCAGUUCACCCCGCAGUUCACCCCCAACCAUGUCAGGACCACCUCACUGAGGGAGCGCUACGACAGCGUGUCAGACAGUAUACACAACGACAGCGUGGCUCCACAGUGUGAGACAAUCAUAAAUUACAACUCGGAGGAAGGGGGCUGUCAGACACUCAUCAUGUAAAUUAAGUGGAUGCUUUCUUGAACAUGAACAAGUAAAUAACUGGUCUUACUCAAAUCGAUAAAUGUAUGAUAGUAAGUACACCAACAUUAAGAAUAUCAAAAUGAUCAAACAUUUUUUUACAUUUUUACAAAAACUCAUUCAAAAAUGAUAAACUAGAUAAAAAUAAAUAUCAUUUGGACAAGAUUUUACUCUUCUAUAAUUUAGCAUAACAAUAUAUUUAUAAAAUAUUGAAGUGGCUAUAACCAUAAAAAGUAUUUUCAAUUUUAUCUAUAAAGAGAGCAAUUCGCAGAUAUAAUAAAAUAUGGACAAAGACUUCACUAAGAACAUUUUUCUGACAAUGGGCUACAAAUACAAAACAUUGGUUUGCAAAAAAAUAAUAAUACUAAUAAUAAUUAUAAUAAUAGAAUAAUUAUACAAGCUUUACAAGCAUCAGAAAUAAUUUAUAAGUAACCCAUUUUUAAUCUUACAUUUAUUUUGACUAAUCUUUUGUUAAUUUAAAUUAUUUUAAAAAUAAUUAACUUUUGAACAAUGAUUAACUGGUGUAUGUUAUCAUUCUUACUGUACCUAUACAUUUUAUUUGUGUGGAUUUUUAUGAUGCUCAACAGUGGUUACCAUGUUAAUGUGAUGUUGCAAUUUAUCUAAAUUUAUAUCUCAAUUCAAUCUACUUGAUGUAACAUGUAAAAUGUUUGACCCACUUUGUACUUUUACUAGAUGCUAAAGACUGCUAAAGACUAUCUACUUGAUGACUGUAAUCCUGCCAAAAAGAUAAAAAAUUAUUUACAAUAAACAAAUGUACAACAAUAAAGAGAAGAGACAGCACAACAAAACCAACCUGCUCAAAACCUCCAAGAAGUUCUGUUGUAUCCAUAGAGCUGUUCAUUGGCAGCACAACAAGUGGGUGCCCAGUCAGCUGAGCCAGUAGUUUCACCAAGCUUGUCUUGCCACAGGAUUGGGGACCAAGCUUUGAACAAAAGUUUAUUAAAAACAUGUCAAUAUUUUUACACAGGGGAUUUGAGAGUUUUCUUAUAAUUUUAGAAUUUAAACAAUUAGUAGCAAGAUAAUUUGAUGAUAAUAUCAACUCACAAGGAUUGCAAGCCAGCCCAUCUCAAUGCAUUUAAUCAGUGACUCCAGUGGUUCAAGACUAUGGUGAAGAGCCAACAUCACACUGCUAGAAUCAAUGACAGUGUCACUGUUUCUUGGUAUGAAGGAAUGCCCAGCCUGGAGUGUUGACUGCCCAAUAAAAAGCUUUCUUGAAGAUUUAUAAAGAGGGUACUGGUUUCCAAGGACUGAGUUGUAGAGUUCUUCCACCUGACAUAACAGAAACAAAGCGUUAUGUUAUGUCUUGCUUGUUUUUAUAGCUAUUAAUUAACUUAGAAUUUUGUCAAAUUUUGUAUUCUUGUCAUGAUGCAAGAAAAAUUUUAAAUGUGCUUUUUAUGUGCUACUU